UAGAACGUGUGCCGAACGGUCCGGGACCCUCUCAUCUAAUAAAGGAUGUGAAUUAUCCGGAUCACAACUUUACGCAUCGUCAAGAAGACAAAUCCUGACAGUAAUUCUCUUCACAUGGCUCUCGGGCAUCUGGGGAAAUGAAUCGGAGUAAAUCGCAGUCUUUACGCAGCUUUUCAAUUGUCGAAGUGAAAAGCAAAUAUGGGGCAGAAUUCCGAAGGUUUUCCCUUGAUCGCUCCAAACCAGGAAAGUUUGAGCAGUUUCACAAGCUCAUUCUGCAACUCCACCGGCUGGCCAAUACCCCAGUGGUGAUCGGCUAUGCAGACAUCCAAGGAGACUUCCUUCCCAUCAACAAUGACGAAAAUUUUGGCAAAGCUGUCUUUACAGCUCACACUCUCCUUCGUAUCUUCAUCCAAAGACCAGAGGAGGUCGACCGGGGCACCUACCUCCACGGCAGUGUGUCUCGGCAGAAAAAGCCCGCCGCCAUUGCAGCGGCGCUGCACGCCGACGUGCUCCGCCGCAGACCCCCGCUCCAGAUAGGUCUGCCCCAGGACUUCCGGCCUGUCUCCUCCAUCAUCGACGUGGACAUCCUGCCCGAGACGCACCGCAGGGUGCGCAUGUACCGGCAGGGCUCUGAGAAGCCGCUGGGCUUCUACAUCAGGGACGGCACCACCAUGAAGGUCACGGCCCACGGCCUCCAGAAGGUGCCAGGCGUCUUCAUCUCCCGCAUGGUGGCCGGCGGCCUGGCCGAGAGCACGGGCCUGCUGGCCAUCAACGACCAGGUGCUGGAGGUCAACGGCAUCGAGGUGGCCGGCAAGACGCUGGACCAGGUGACCGACAUGAUGAUCGCCAACAGCCACAACCUCAUCAUCACGGUCAAGCCGGUCAACCAGCGCAACAACAUAGUGAGGCAGAGCUUCAGCAUGUCUAGCUGCAUGGAGCUGUCUGUGGACGGGCCCAGCAGCUGUGGCGGUGGUGUUGGGACCCUGUACCCAGGCCUGCCCGUCCUGCUGGCCAACCAAAGAUGGAUUGGGGAAGGAGGAGGAGGAGGUGGUGGAGGGCUGGAGAGCGAUGACGACGGCGACGUGGUGAUCGAGAGGCACAUGAAGCAGCCGUCUCGCCACGGCCACGCCGCCAGCCCCUCCGUCCCGCGCCCGCCGACGCCCCCGCGCAUGCGGGCGCACUCCCGGCCCAAGUCUCCUAGCGGCGGGCAACGUCGCCCGCACUCCAUGAUUGUGACGUCCUCCGCAGCCUCUUCCUCCGCGUACCACCGCUCGCAGCCCUGCCUGCACGUCCCCAUGAGCCCCAGUGACCUACUGAGCGCCAACCUGUGCCACCACCUCACGCUCCAGCAACAGUACGGCAGUAGCCCCACGGUGAGAGGAAGCACGGCCAGCCUGCACAGCAGUAUGCUCCGCACACUACGGACAGAGCCACUCCCCAGCCUGGCCAUGGGCCAGGGAGGCAUGGAGGAGGACGGCAUUGUAGUCAUUCUCUAAAAAGAGAGAAAUGUCCACAGAUGCAGUAUACAAGGAGACAAGGAUUUUCUAAAUGUGUCACAUGCAUAGCAAUACUAAGAAAAGCAUAAUGUGCAGUGAACUUAAAAGUGUGACCUUAGAUCUUCUGUGUCUUAUAGAAAUGAGGCUCUUUGGCUCCUAAAAACACACUGUCUCUCUCUCUCUCUCUCUCUCUCUCUCUCUCCAUACCUGCAUAUAGCAUCUAUGCACAUGGGCAUUACACUGGAAUAUGAGUUGUAUGUAUUGUGUGUGUGUGGUCUAUGCAUAUUAUGUAAAAUACUAAAAUGAAAGCAAUAAAUGCAAAAUAUUUCUAA